AUGUACAAGCUCGUCACCGUCCUUGUCGACUACUUCGCCGCGAACAACUGGGAGCCAGACGAGCCGGGCGGUGCUCCUCCAGGCUCCCCGCCAACAUUCAAGUUUGAGGGGCCAUGGUUCACCACACAGGCAUCGCUUUCCACGGUCAUCGGUGUCACAUCGUUUCUGAUAUUCUGCUACUGCCGGACGCGAUGGCCGCUCCUAUUCGCACCGCGCACGAAGUUGAAAGGGUUCUCGCCACACGAGGCGCAUGCUCACCAAGCUUUCUUUGGGUGGAUACUUCCCACUCUCAAGAUAUCCGAGUUCACUGUGCUUCAGAUAGUUGGACUAGAUGCAGCAGUGCUUCUAAACUUCUUCAAGAUGUCAUUUUAUCUUUUUUCUGUCUGCUCUAUCUUUGCUGUCACUGUCCUCAUGCCAAUCAAUUUCAAGAGGAACAUUGGUAUCGGCGACGAAGACGACGAUGACGACGACGGGGACUGGAAUUCUCUCGCCGAUCCAGGGACCCAGCUGCCCCCGAGAGGCCGCGACUGGCUCGACCUGAUCUCCGACGCCAACUCCUACCUCUCCCUCCACCUCGCCUUCACCUACCUCUUCACUGCCCUCGCGCUCUAUUUCAUCUAUAAGAAUUAUCGGCGCUUCGUCCGCGCACGCCAGCUCUUCUCCCUCGAGCUCGUGCACUCCAUCGCCGCGCGCACCGUGCUCGUCACGGGACUCCCGCCGCACCUGCGCGGUGAGCGCGCGCUCGCGGAGCACUUUGAGAACAUGGACCUGGCUGUGGAGAGCGUGAGCGUGUGCCGCGAGGUCGGUAAUCUAAAGGAAAUGCUUGACAAGCGGACAAAGGCGCUCAUGAAGCUCGAGCACACGUGGGUACAGUACGUCGGGAACCCGAGUACGGUCGAGAACUACGAUCCCUCGGACCACGCUAUUCUGGUCGAUGCUGCGGACCCGGAGUCGCAGACGAAUAAUAAUAUUGUCGUGCCGCACCGGAAGCGGCCGACGCUAAGACCGGGGUGGUUCAAGCCCAAAGUCGACGCGCUGCAGUACCUCGAGGCGCAGUUCCAGGAGGCAGACGACAUGGUCCGCAGGCGUCGCCGGACAAAGUUCAAGGCGACUGAUGCGGCGUUUGUCACCUUUGAGCAAAUGUCCAGCGCUCAAGUUGCCGCGCAGAUAGUCCACAGCUCGGCCCCGUUCCAGCUUAAAACUAGACCGGCGCCCGAGCCACGCGACAUCAUUUGGUACAACAUGACCUUUUCCCAGACUUCCCUCCGCGUGCGCGAAUGCUUCGUCCUCGGCUCCAUCGCGCUCCUCUUCUUCUUCUGGGUCAUCCCAAUUACGGGUCUCGCCAGUCUGCUGAGUUACAAGGAGAUCAAGAAGACGAUGCCGUGGCUGGGACAGAUGAUCGACAGCAACGACAAGAUACGGGCGAUCGUGCAGAAUUCGCUCCCAUCGGUUGCGAUGAUCACGCUGAAUGCGCUGUUGCCGUUUAUCCUCGAGGCGCUCACCUAUAUGCAAGGCUACCGCGCUCGUAGCUGGAUCGAGUAUUCUCUAAUGAAAAAAUACUUUUUGUUCCUCCUCAUCAACGUCGUCUUCAUAUUCCUGCUGGCGAGCACGUACUGGCAACUCGUCCGAGAUUUGGCCAACUCGCCGGCCAAGAUCCCGGAAAAGCUAGCAGCGGCCCUCACAAGGGGGCGUGCAAGACACUUUUUCCUUUCAUAUGUCAUACUUCAAGGUUUGGGCAUCAUGCCUCUUCAGCUGCUCAAUCUUGGGGUUGUCAUACCCCGCAUGUUCAUCCGGAUGUUCUCUACGCGCACUCCUCGAGACUUUGCCGAACUGAACGCGCCGCCCAUGAUCAACUACGGCGUCGUAUAUCCCCAAGCGAUCCUCAUCUUCGUGAUCACCCUGCUGUACAGCGUCAUACAGCCCCUCAUCCUCGUCUUUGGGGCUAUCUACUUCGGCAUGGCCUACAUAGUCUACAAAUACAAACUACUCUUCGUGUUCUACAAGCCAUACGAGUCGCAGGGGCAAGCGUGGCCGAUCACGUUCACCCGCCUCAUCUGGGGCGUCAUCAUCUUCCUCAUCUUCAUGCUGGGAAACUUCAUCCUCAACCGCUCCUUCAUCCUCUCUUCCCUCGUCACUCCCCUGAUCGCCGGCACCGUCGCGUGGUCGUGGUACAUCGACAGCUCGUUCAAGCCGCUCAGCAAAUUCGUGAGCCUGAGCUCGGUGUUCGAGGUGCAGAGGGGGGAGGAGACGGAGGACGUGCAGCGGUUGAGGGCGGGCCACCCCGUCACUUGGUCGCAGAGUAAUUUGAACCGGAGGCGGUAUGCGCAGAACGACGAGACGCUGUACGUCGCGCCCGAAGACGAUAGAACCGACUACUCGCAGCCCCCCAUGGCCAACUGGUACAUCGGUGUCCUAAACACCGGAAAGCGCCGUUACGGCCACCCCGCGUUGACCGGCGUCCUGCCCUACCCGUGGCUUCCCCUCAAGAAAGGAGAGACCCUCGUGAACACGCGCACAGCGGGGCACGGCAACGGCCCCAAAUCCGACCAGGCCGUCGUCCUCACCCUCCGCAAGCGGUACAGCAUCGUCAAGCGCGGCGCCACGCGCUCGCUCGUCGCCGGCAGCCGCGUGUUCGGCGACCUCCUCACGCCCAACGGCGCCGACCCGAGCGCACAAACGCCCGGCGGCGGUGCAGCGGAGCAGAGGACGACCGAUAACCCGUGGCAGGAGACCCGGACUGCUGGCCCGUCGACCCACCGCGCGCAGACGGCGCCGCCCGCGGCGAUGCACCACCGGCUGAGCUACGACUUUGGGUCGGGCGUGAUCGUCCUGCCGGACGACGGCGACUGGCUCGGGAUCGCGGGCGGCGUGGACGGCGUGGACGAGGAGGUGGACGAGGACGACUCGGAGGACGACUACGGCGACACGACGGGGCUGGAGAACUCGCAGGCGUCGCUGGACGCCGCCGCGGCGGGGGCGGGGGCGGGGGCGGCGCCGGGCGCAGGCGCGAUGGAGCGCGCGGCGUCGUCGUCGUCGAAUGGGAACGGGAACGGGGCGGAGGAGCAUGCGAUGGGCGGGACGCCGGGCAAGGCGCGGCAUGGGACGUAUUUUCAUCAUCCGGAGCGGAGGCGGCAGACGAUCCCGGGCGCGUUCCCGCGCGUGGCGUCGUGACGGCGGGCUUGCGCUUCUAGCCUUCUACUUCACGGACCCAGAUCUAUCUCACGAAUCUAUUAUGUUACAUGCGACGGUGCUUGAGAACGUGUUAAUCUUGCUUGGAUACCCCACUUUACGUUUUUUUGUCACUCUUACUCUAGUUACUUGCUGUAGACCUUACGAUGUGCGAACCCGAAAGACAUGUGCAUAUU